AUGCCGCUGCUGCAGAUACACCCGGAGAAGGUAUUGGAGGUGCCCUUCACUUUAUACAGCAGCUCAGUUGUGCAGCUGACGCUGCGCAAUGUCUCAAGUCAUCCCUUUGUCGCAUAUAAAAUUAAAACUACAGCACCGAAGAACUACCUCGUCAGGCCUUCUACAGGUGCAGUGCCUCAGGGAGAGUCUCGCUCAGUGCAGAUAGUGCUGCAGGCUAUGACUGAAGAGCCUCCAAAGACAGCAACAGAUAGAUUUCUUGUGCAAGCAACCCCUGUAGAAUCAACAGCCCCUCUCCCGCGUAGCUACUGGCUGGAGCUGAGCCGCAGCGAGAUUGAAGAAACUCGUCUAAGUGUUAGCUUCAAGCGCACGGGCAGCUCAGAAGCAGCAGCAGCAGCAGCAGCAGCAGCAGCAGCUGGUGCUGGUGGUGGUGCUGCUGCUGAUAGACCUGGGCCUGGCAGCGGUGAAGAUAAAGGAGAUGCUGAUGGCGCCCCUGCACCUGCAGCAGCAGCACCCGGCAGCAGCAGCAGCGGCAGCAGCAGCAGCAGCAGCAGCAGCAGCAGCAGCGGGGCUGCAGGUGAUUUAAGACAGCAGUAUGAUCAGCUUGUAGAGUAUACAUUGGCUAUGGAGAGACAUAAGGAGGAACUAGUGCAUAGGGCUUUCAGGGGUUCAGCAGCAGCAGCAUAA